AUGGGUGUACCGGGUGGACUCAGUAACUCAUCAGGGCGAAGGUCUAUUCAUCUACGCUUCUCGGUGAACGCCACCUCCGCAAUUUUUUCCCCCGAGCUUGGGAUUUCAUCAAUGAUGGCCAACAGGCCGUCGUUCCCAGUAGGUUCAAGUCAAGUUCGGAACGCAAACACUGUCGAUUUCGAAGAUGAGAAGCCGACCGUGACUGCCCUCGAACAACGGCCCAUUCACUCCCAUUCGACGCCCGUUAUGAAGCCUACUGUUCUUUUCUCAACUGUAGCUGCCCUUUCUUCUUUCAGCUACGUCGUAUUAGCUGUUCCAGCCCUUCUUGAGGAACAUGUUCAGAGCGUUGAUGCGGAGGCUCUUGGGUUGGGAGACAAAACCGACAGCUUUCUCAAGCCUGCUCAUGUCGAACAGCAUUUUGGGGGCAACCAGCCUGCCCGUCACGUCAAGAUCCUACUCAACUCUGCUGCUGAUGAAUGGCACCGUCGAGAUGUUUGGGUUCGCAAAGUUGACACUCUCCUCGAUCCCGCUAUGUAUCGCCUGGACAGCGAAGCUCCCAAAGAUGAUAGCUCCAUUGGCUCUGUGAAGGACAGACGUUGUUGUCCUUGUGAUCCGGCUCACCAGAUAGAUGCCAUCGUUAAGGACUGGUGCUGUGGAUGCGCCUAA